AUGCCCGAAGACGCUCCUCCUCCACAACCGGCCCCCAACCGCAUCAACUCGCACUGCGCAACCCACAACCGCCAACCUUGGGACGCAGGCGAGAAGAAGGGCUUCAAGGCAUGCGGCGCCUUCCUGCUUCACGAUACGACUGGCAACACACUUGUCGAGCGCAAAGAUAUCUCGUUAGCUGGAUUAGGGAGAGACACGACCUUGUGUGGUAGCGAUACCGGAGGAGGCUGCGAGGCGUUCGGCCAUCCGAACAUCUGCUGCCCGCCCGACAUGAUAUGCCAAAGAAGCAGCUUCUCGCCGUCAGGCGUCUUCUGCUGCUGGCCGAGCUCAAAGUGCGUCGCGAGCCCGGAGCUGCCGCCGCGGUGCGGCCGGCACACGAGCGCGUGCAACCGCAGCAUCGGCGGCGGCUGCUGUCUGCACAACACCGAGUGCGCCGUCGACGGCUGUCUCAAGGUCUACCGCGCCGCGCCCGGGUUCUCGCUUACCACCACCACUGCUACUGCUACGACGCUGACCACUGCGACUACUACGUCCGGAGGCGCGAGUACGAGUAAAGCCGACGGCGUCACGAUUACUACGGCGAAGAUGGCGGAGACGGCGCAGAGUGAUCAUGCGGUGCCUGGGGUUAGACCUGGGUUUGGGUUCUCGAGUUUUCCGCUGUUGGAGGUGGUUGCGCUGGGAGGUGCGGUUGUGGGCGCGUUGGUGAUGGCGGUGAGGGUGGGUUGA